GCUCACUUGUGCGUGAAGCUCCGGUGCCGUCGCUCGCGCUCGCCUAAACCGAAAGCUCCCACAAAGCCUUUCUUUACGCGCCGGCUAGUGCUUUCCCGAACGCCGCGCGGAUCAGUUGUGUGCUCUUAUCUCCCGCGAACGCUCGCGCAAACACGUAAAAUGUUACAAGAAAUACAAUUAGUUCAAGGUCAAACCAACUACGUAGUCGUAUCCUCCGGCUACCCGUCUGCGACUGUAACGAAACCAGCACUGGAAAAAAGGAUUGUACCGAUUGCCCCAGCUCCGGAAAAAAAUUAUGUCACUCACGACACGCCGCCCAACCAACAAUACAGAAAGAAGGUGCAUUUUAGAACGAACCCUUACACCGGACCUCAGGCUGUGUCCAUUGCGAGGCGUAAUGCACGUGAAAGGAAUCGCGUGAAGCAAGUAAACGAUGGAUUCAAUGCACUUCGUCGUCACUUGCCAGCCUCCGUAGUGGCCGCCUUGUCUGGUGGCGCCAGACGGGGAUCUGGAAAGAAACUCAGUAAAGUCGAUACAUUACGGAUGGUCGUUGAGUACAUCAGAUAUUUGCAACAAUUACUCGACGAAAGUGACGCUGCAUUAGGAAUCACACGUGACCAAGAAAAUAGAGAAAAUAUUCCAAGUAGCAAUUCGCAAAGUAUGAAUUCGCUGUCGGAUAUGGACGAUGGUUUCUUCUACGGAAGCAGUUCCCCGUGCUCGGAGAAAGCGAAUUCCCCUGCGCCUUCGGAGUGUUCGUCUGGAGUUUCGUCGGCAUAUUCACCUGUCGACCGAUACGAAGUGUCAACGCAACAGACUCUCGGGCCCAUGGAUGAAGACGAGCUGCUCGACGUCAUAUCCUGGUGGCAACAGAAAUAGCAAUAACGUAUCUGAAGUGAACGAGCUGAACGAAGUUUUGUUGAAUCCCUCCGAGUAUUACUCUUUAUAGUAAAGACGAAAAGACUCUUUAUAUUUCUAGUCAAAU